CGCCCUCCGCCCUCCGCCCUCCGCCUCCAUCUCCGCAUCUCCCUCUCUUCACCUGCACGCUUAACUGCGCGUCGACUGAGAUCGUUCCUCGUCCGACGAGCAUUCCUUGCGACUAAACCGACAUCUCGGAUCUCCCCUCUCCCCCCCUCUCUCAUCUCGGCCCUCGCUCGCCCACGCGGAUCCACCACCCUCCCUCCAGCCUCCGCGACCCCCCUAAUUGUGCAAUUGUGCAAUUGUGCAGAGCGACAGAGCGGUGGUCGUGCGCGCAGUCAAGAAGAGAUCCAGGCCAUCGUCGCUCAUCCUCGGAAGCUUGUCACCCUCCACCCUCUCAUUACCCUCAUACACACUCACCCAUACAACCACGCUUGCACCACGCAACCACGCACGCAACCAUCACCGAACGCAGUUGGCCACCAUCAAAGGACUAGUUUGCACACACGCUCUGAACGUGUGUUGCAUCCACUCUCAUCAUCAUGUCUGGCAAAAACGAGAAUGCUGUCCCAACAAAUCUCAUCACAUACAAAGGACGCCGCAUUCCGGCCCGAAUCGAUCCCGAUGCAAGCAUCCUUAGAGUCGUGGAGAUCAUGGCCAAGAGCUUCAAUGCGGCCGAGCAUCACAUUACUCUCGCCCUCCGGGAUGAGAAUGACGUCCUAGUGACGCAGCAGAACAUUGCAGCCAUGGUUUCGCAGAAGGAUACACUAAAGCUUGUUCCCGCUCCUGUGACCGAGGCUCUCGCCGUCGUCGCAUCCCUCCACACAGCCAGAGGCAAGGAAGCAAACGGUGAAGACCCCAAUGGCACCACUGCCAUUGUCCUGCCCAACAAGGUCGAGGUGCUGCCGCUCAAGCUCGCCCUCUUCAAUCUGCAAAAGUACAUCAAGGAGGACGACUUUGCAGUAGAGUUCAUGCUCAAAGGAGGUGUCAAUCUCCUUGUAGAACUCGUGGAGAAGGACGACUCCAAGACUGCGCUCACGGGCAACUCGCUUGCUUACGCCUUGCAGGGCAUUCGCGGCGUGAUGGACUACGACAACGGCUGGGGGGAGUUCAGUGACGACUUCAUUGACCGCGUCUUGAUUAUCCUUGCAUCUAGCAGCGCGCCCAACGUUGUUCGCCCAGCUACCGUCAUCGUGCGCAAGCUCAUCACCGCCUCGCCAAAAACCCACAGCGGCAAGGGCAAGCAGCGUGUGCAACAACGUGAUGCUGUCAACAACUACGGCUUUGAUCGCGUAUUUGCCCGCAUCCUCGCAAUUGGCCACAAGGCGCCGGACGAGCAUGGCAGUGGCCCCGCCGAGCAGAUAUUCCGGCCUAUUGUCAAGCGUCUGGAGGGCACGCGUGACCUCGAACUCUCGGCCCAAAGUCUCGCGCUCGUCAAUGCGUCACUUCGUUCCGCCCACCAGGAAGGGAGCAAGCGCUACUCUGACCUUAUCACUGUCAUCGAGGCACUCAACACGAGGAAAUACGUUGCACGGUUGAUGUCGACGAGCGCCAACAACAUUGUGGAACCACGCAUUCUUGACUUCCAGACGCGCUACGCCAAUGUCCUGCGGUAUCACUCGCUCCGUCCCGUGCGACCGCAGACCAACCCCACACAUGAGCGCUACCUGCGCGAGAUCUGGAUGGCUGGCCGUCUGGAUGAGGAGGACUCUGGAGAGAUGACCUCGCCACGACCCAGCAUGGCCGACUACCAGGCGUCCAACAUCCCAAGAACCUGGGAUGGAUGGAGGCGCAUGGGGCUGUCCAUUGAUUUUGUCGACAGUACCGACACAUUAGUAGAGACAGAGCUCUUCCGGUCCGUCGGGGAGCUCGGCCUCCAGUGCUUGCACUACUACGCCACUCACGAGGAUAACUUCCACAGCAUUGUGCUCGAGCAGCAGGCACGUCCGGUGGAUAGGCGAUGCCCGAUCGGGCGAGCGAGCGCCGAGUGCGUCAAGAUCCUCAAUGAUCACUACAAGAUCACUCAAUCGUCGCAACGGAGUCCGACACACUUUACGCCGUUCAUGCUCAACUUCCCGCGCCUACACACUCUCGUCAUGAAGUUCUUCCUCCGCAUGUGGCACGACUCAGAGUCGCGCCACGACGACUUUGACCGCCUGAGCUACCUCGUGGCAAGUCAGGUACGACAGACGCUUGCAGAGGAGCACACCAAGACGUGGCUCAAUCUCGAGCGUGACUUCCUCGGCACCAACUACCGCAACAUCCGCGAAGGGCAGAUGGAGAUGAUCGAAAAGGAGGAUGGUCUUCUCGAACGCGGAGCGGUUGUCGCUCUCCGUGGCAAAGUCGGAAAGGAGGCUACCGAGGUCAUGUCGGACCAGCGCGUCAUUUGCAUGAUGCGUGGAAGUUGGUUCAACGCUGUCAACGUGUUAACCCCGGGAAUCGACCAGAUGGCGCACUCCAGUGCGAGUCGGCCGCUCCGCUUUGUAAUGCUGUCACCAGAUAAGCGGACGCUAGCAUGGAGCGCCUUCGCCGCGCGGCCGAAGGAGAACCCAACUUUCGUGAGCCUCAAGGAGCAUAUCGACAUCUCGAACGUCACGUCAGUCAAGCUGCAGACAGGGUGUGCCGUUGGCUCACGCUCGCCGGACCAGGUGUCCAAGCUCAGCUUUUCGCUAAUGAGUGGCAAGGAGGCGUCAUUGCUUGACCUGGACGCGAUACAUGCCCAGCAGUUUGCCGAGUGGACCGACGGCCUGCGAGUUCUUAAGGCGCACCAGACAAAGUCCGCCGCUGCUGCACUUGCCGCCGCUGCUGCCGAGAAUGGACAGCCAGUCCCCGAGGCUCCCGCCACGCCAGAGAUGGGCGGUAUGACCACGCAAGAGUCGGCAAACUACGUGCACAUUCUGACUGAACUUGCGCUCAAGAUACGCCUCCUCGACAUCACGGGUGACGGUAUCGAGAUCCCGCACAAGGUUGGGAUUGGAGCGGCGCCGCGGAGCACUGACUUCUGGUUUGCCAGCUAGCGCGGGCGCUACCUAUGUCUUGGUAUGAUGUUAUAAUCUGUGCAUGUGUACAACUGGGU